AUGUCAAUCCGUCAAUGGAAAGCCGCCAUCUGCCAGGCCGAACCAUGUUGGUUUGACAAAGUCGCCGGUGUCAAAAAGACAAUCCGUCUCAUCAACGAAGCCAGCCAGAACGGGGCCUCUCUCAUAGCUUUCUCUGAAGUCUGGCUCCCAGGCUAUCCCAAUUUCCUAUGGUCAGGAACAUACAGAGAGAACAUGCCCCUUGUGCAAAAGUACAUGCAAAACAGUAUAUCUGCCUAUGGAGACGAGAUGCUUGAGAUUCGCCAAGCUACUGCAGCUUCCAACAUCUAUGUAUGCUUUGGUUUCAGUGAACGGGUUGGAGCUUCUUUGUAUCUCGCGCAGGUCCUCAUUGGUCCUGACGGGAACAUCCUUCUUCAUCGUCGCAAGACAAAGCCCACGCAUGUUGAGAGGACUAUCUUUGGGGAUUCCACGGGUGACUCUCUUACUACUGUAGUGGAUACCCCUUUGGGAAAGAUUGGCAUGCUGAACUGCUGGGAACACCUUCAGCCACUCCUCAAAUACCACACAUACUGUCAAGGUGAACAAGUACAUAUCGCUGCCUGGCCGUUCAAUGCGAAAUGGACUGAAUCAGCUGUUGAGCCCUACUCAGUAUUUUCAGAGGCCAACGAGGUCACAGCCAGUCGCAUGUAUGCCCUAGAGGGCGCUGUCUACGUCCUCGUGACAAACCAGCCCCUGUCCGCCGAAGGUGCCAAGCUGAACAGCGAGGGCCAAGGGAACGCAGACAAGGACGGUUUCAUGCUCGCAGGAGGUGGUGGUGCCGCAGCUGUCUUUGGUCCAGAUGGCCGACAACUGACCAAGCCUACUGAUCCUCUGUUUGAUGGUCUUAUCUACUGCGACAUUGAUCUGGACAAGAUUGACUACGCAAAGACCUUGACUGAUUGCGUGGGUCACUAUUCACGGCCUGAUCUGCUGCGACUGGUCGUCGAUGAUCAACCCAAGAACUAUGUCGUUCGCGUAUCUGAUGCACCUACAAAUACUCCUUAUCACACUGGUACUAGUGGUGAGACAUUGCUAUCUGCUCAUGAAAAGCUAGAUGAACUUCUUGCCAAGAAAGCGAGGAAGGAGGCGACGAGCUGA